AUGGAUGCGAAUUACGAAGUGAAGUGUGAGAACGAGGGAUGGGCAUUGAGAUUUCAGAAUAAUAGAGUAGAGCAGAGCAAAGAAUUUUUAAAAUAUUUUCUGUCGCUCUACACAAACGCUCAACCAAUAAAGGAAAAAAACUUCUUGAAUUGUAUUUUGCUUCUUAUUUCAAUCAACAAAAAGAAGAAGAAAGAAGUCAAAUUCUAUCGUCAGUCAACAAAAAUACUCAGCAAAAAUAAAGCUUUAACUAAGCCUAAAUUAUGUGAAAUUUCUCGUUUCCGAAAUGAAAUAAAAAUAUAA